AUGUCGAGGACUUGCCGGCUCAUUCUGUACAUUUCGGUGGACAGUCUUGAUGGAGUGACUCAAGUUGAGCCAGAAGAUGGAUGGGAGAACCCUUCCCUCUGUUACCACAUCCAAGUUGAUUGCAAAAAUUGUAACAAAGAGCUGUUGGAAAUUGGUUAUCUUCCAUUAUACUUAUGUGCAGGUAGGAUGGAAGAUGCCCAAUAUCAUAAAGCCUUAUCUUGCCCAAAGUGCAUGGGGUGUGGUGGUUUGAGGAUUCUGAAAAGGGGAGGGGAACCAAUCACGGAUGAGGGACAAGACAUGCCUGUGAUGGAGAUAGAGGUUAUUGGCUCUUUUCAUGUGCACGAGAAACUCAAACUGUUCUAUUUUAAGUGGAUUUGCAGAAAGGAUGAUGGCAGUGGGGAAUUUUUGGGGCCUUUUUCUGUGGACAAAGAUGGGAGCUACGCGUUUAGUGAUUCAGGUGAUGAAUCUGAUGAUGAUGAUGAUGAUGAACUUUUUCAAAUCAAAGGGAUCAAAGGAUGUUUCCAAGUCACACCACGGGAAGAAGAGGUGGAGGGACUCUGGAUUAAGGUGGCUUCCAAGUCAUCCCAGGCCUGCGAUUCAGAUUCGAAUUCAGAGGUUUCGGAUGCUGAUUCUGAUGAUUAA